AGCUCCUCAUGUUUUUCAUGUGUCUGCAGGCAUCAUGGUGCGCAUGAACGUUCUCGCAGAUGCUCUGAAAAGCAUCAACAAUGCUGAGCAGCGUGGGAAACGCCAGGUCCUCAUCAGGCCCUGCUCCAAGGUUAUUGUGCGCUUCCUAACCGUCAUGAUGAAGCACGGUUACAUUGGUGAGUUUGAGAUCAUUGACGACCACAGAGCCGGAAAAAUUGUCGUCAAUCUCACAGGCAGGCUGAACAAGUGUGGUGUGAUCAGCCCCCGCUUUGAUCUCCAGCUCAAGGACCUGGAAAAGUGGCAGAACAACCUGCUGCCCUCAAGACAGUUUGGGUGAGCAUCACAUGCACACA